AAAAUUCCGAACUACCCCUUUAACUCAUUAUGGGAUGUCUCUCUUGUUAAUAGACCACCUGGACCCUCACCACAACCACACUACCGGUAAGCCCAUGUCUCCCUCUGAGACAGGCGCCCAGAAGCAAGGCAGCAUCAAGCUGAGCCUGGUGAACUCUGACCUCUGGAAGGCUUUCCACUCCUCCGGCACUGAGAUGGUCAUCACCAAGCACGGAAGGAGAAUGUUUCCCCACUGCAACAUAAGCCUCUCUGGAAUGGACCCCUUCACCAACUACGUCAUAAUGAUGGACAUGGUUCCUGUAGACCAAUUCAAAUACAGGUGGAACAAGGAGGAGUGGGAAGUGGCGGGAAAGGCCGAGCCACAACCCCCGGCCCACCAGUACAUCCACCCAGACUCCCCCGCCUGCGGCAGCCACUGGAUGAAGCAGUCCAUCUCCUUCCUCAAGGCCAAGCUCACCAACAACACCCUGGACCAGCACGGCCAUAUCAUCCUGCACUCCAUGCACCGAUACUUCCCCCGGUUCUACGUGGUCCAGGCGGACAGCGUCUUCGCGGUCCGCUGGAGCCCCUACCACACCGUCACCUUCCCAGAGACCCACUUCACCACCGUCACCGCCUAUCAGAACACCAAGAUUACAAAACUGAAAAUCGACCACAACCCGUUUGCUAAAGGAUUCCGAGAGGGUGGACCUCAUUUUCACGGCAAACGGUGUCGACCUAUCAAGACCCAAACAACCGCAGAAGAGACCAGACGGAUGUACCGAGAUGUUGAGUGCAAAAGUCCUUCAGGCCACCAGGGGUCAAUGUCGGCCAUAAAGUCAGAGAAGCGCCGCUGUCCCAACGGUCACUAUUCCUCGUUGUUGGACCAGGACCCCGCCGCAGAGAUCCUCCAAAACGACGCCCUGGACCUCUCAGUGCAGGGCCACGGAUGUGAGGAGCAGAUGGUGCCAGCCUCCAUGGCCUACCCGGCCUACAGAUUGGCAGAGCUUAGACCUCUAUCACCGCACUCUGACAGCGACAACCGGCUACGCAGCUACGAAGCCCACGUACCCGACAUUGCCGCCGUACCCGUACACCACAACAACCCGUCCCAUCGAGAAAUGAGCCAGCACCACCACCAGCACCACCCCUCUGCCCACCACCACCUAUCGGCACCCCCUUGCUACGAGUCGUGGCCACACACCGCUAGCACUGUAGCCGGCGGCGCGGCUAAAGCUAACCCGGGGCUCCGUGCGGGCUACCCGCUCUACCAGCCGGGGCCGUAUCCGGGGGAGCACCCGGAGGUAGAGCCCGGGAGGCAGUUCAUGGUGAACUCCUUCGCCCCCUCCUCCUCCUCUGCUGCUGCUGCGGCCUUCCAUCCCUCGGCUCAGCACCAAGGUGCCCACCAGCCCGGUUACCACCAUCACCAUGGCAACACGGUGGAGUGGAGCCAGUAUCCGCUCUUUUCCUACUCCAGCUGGUGAACUUUGACCCCCCCCCCCCCCAUCCUUUGACCCCGAUGGACCUAUGCCACUGGUAAAUGCAGCCUUAGCUUGCGAUUCAGGUGAAACAAAAGUGAAAAACAAAGAAUCCAAAGACUCCUGUUGUAACUGUAUCAAUGCUGAAAUAGUUGACAUAGGCAAAUCAUUUGAAGGACGCAUUACAGAUAAUAGUUGCAAAAACGUCUGGGUUUUGGAAAAAGACAGUCAGAAAUCCAGAGGAGAGAAACGAUAAGCAAAUUCCAAAAAAACAUGGAACUGUUCAAACGUUGUUUUCUUAUACUGUAAGUCAUUACUCAAAUCUCCUUUUAAUAUAUGUUAUAACCGUGAGGCUAGGUUGACUGUACCUGGAACAAGUGUAAUUAGAAAGAUGUUUUUGUAUAAAUAAUGUACAGGGAUAUAUUGCACAACAUAUUUUAUAAUAAAGUGUUUGUUAGAGACGAAUGGAUACCACAGCAUGAGUGCAAUUGGUGGCAAAAUGUACCUUAAUAAGGAGGAAUUACAAGCAAACUGUUUAAAUAUAAUGUCAUUCUCAGAAAUUACAUUGGGGCUGGCCAGGGGGCGAGCUGGCUGCCGUCAUGCUGGGCCAAGGGUCCAGACAUGAUCACAGCAACGCACUAAAUCAGUGACCGCAUUAGGGUUGGACGUGACCGCUGGGCAUGUUGGAAGUCCUCAAAUCGAGUACCUUCCGGCGGCAGGGGUAGGCUAGUGCUGGCCAACAAGAAGAUUUAACUGUAAUUACAGCUUGAGUUACAAUCCCAUGAGUCAUAUGAAAAGGUGCAGAGAUGUGUUUCUAAAUUGGGAUUUUAUUUGAUCAAUCGGCUCGGCUUCACUGAUUACUCACUCUACCGAAGAUGGCUCAUAUUAAUAAGGGAACGAUGUGACAUAAGGCCAGCUCCUGUAGACUGGAGGGGCCAAUAGGUCAAAAGGCCCUUCAGGAAAGCGGUAAUCUGAGUGGAGCCGAUCGGUGUUGCCUUAGAGCUAUUCAUUUGACCUUUUGGAGGAUGGCAAUAUAAUUCUCAUUUGUUGAAAUGCAUCCAAUUAAUACAUGUAAAAUAAAAUGCUAAUAGUCAUAA